UGACCUUUUGUUAUUGCUAAUUUAAAAAGCUGCAUUGGUAAAAUACAUUUACCAGUUUACACUGUUGAUGUAAAUGUCCUUUGAUUUUCUCAGUGAUCCAUGAUGUUUUGGUAAAUUACUGAUAUGGUUGUAUAAAGAUUAAUUGCAAUUGACAGCUAUGGAGAAAAACAUUUCUCUCGUCACAGACUUGAUUGUUUAUGGAAUUAUUUUGUUGUUCAGUUGGUACAUGUAUAAGAUGUUGAUCAAGCCCUUUUUAUCACCACUACGAGCAGUUCCUGGAUUAACAUACUAUCCAAUAGUAGGAAAUAUGUUGGAAGCUAGAAGAGCGGAGGCUAUGACUAAUGCUUUGAGGUGGAUGACACAGCUAAAAUCUAAAUUGAUAAGAUUUUAUUGGUUUGGAGGUCAAGAAAGGUUACUUACUGGUGACCCUGAAGUUUUUCAGCACAUACUAGUUACAAAUAGUAAAAAUUAUCACAGACUCGAUGCACAGAAUAAUGAAAUAACUGGAUUGACAGGGAGUCCAGCAUUAUUUGUGUUGUCUGGGGAACACCAUCAUAUGAUUAGGAAGAUUUGUAAUCCUGGAUUUGUUCUCAGUCUUCUUCAUACUAUGGUUCCAGUAUUCCAAGAAAGAGGUAAUGCAUUAUUCCAACUGUACAACCAAGCAUUAUCACAAUCUAGUACAGAUACUACAGAUAUAGAUAUUCAAGCUACCCUGAGUCGUUUAACAUUAGAUGUGAUAUGUAAGUGUGGUUUCCAGUAUGAUCUACAGUCUAUAGAGAAUCCAAAGUCCACUGGUGUAAUGAGAUUUAGACAUCUUGUAGAUUCUGUUAGAACAACUUUUGUAGAUUUACUGCCUUUUUCAAGACUACUUCCUACAAAGAAAAAUAAGAAAACAGCAACAGAUAAAGAAUUUAUUGUAGAAUUUACCAGCAAAAUUAUUAAAGAAUAUGAAAUGCAAGAAUUAAAUGCAAAUAAACAUAGAGAUUUGUUAACAUCAUUGAUGUCUGCCAGAGAUUCUGAAGGAUCAGGAUUAUCUGAUAAAGAGUUAUUUGGUCAAAUCAUUGGAUUUAUUUUUGCUGGAUUUGAUACAACAGCCACAGCUAUGACAUGGAUUUUAUUACAGCUAGCACAGUAUCCAGAAGUACAAGAUAAAGUAAGAGCAGAGGUGAACCAAGUAUUCUCAGAUAUAUCUGAAUGUGACUCAGAAAAGUUAGACAAGUUAAAAUACCUGAACUGUGUUAUCAAGGAAACCAUGAGAUUAUUUCCCCCAGUUCCAUGUUUCUUUAGGAAGAGUUUACAUGAUGAUGUUAUAAAUGGCUACAAAAUCCCAGCAGGAACUGUUAUAGGCCUCCAUGUUGGUGCAUUACAUAGAUUGAACGUGGAAGAUGGAGAAACCUUUAGACCAGAGAGGUUUUUAUCACCUUCAGAAUCAAAGACAUUUAUGCCAUUCGGUAAAGGACCAUAUAUGUGUAUUGGAAAUAAAUUUGCUCAAUUGGAAAUUAAAACUGUGAUAUCAAGACUCGUUAAAGAAUUUAAAUUUGAAAUGAAACCUGGAUUUACAUUCCGUAGGGUGAUGAGUAUAACUAUAAGACCACACCCUUCAUUGGUACUGAGAAUAUCCAAAAUAUGACAGAUUUGUAUUGAUAAAACUUCAAAAAGUUUUAAAUUCUCAGGAAAUCGUUUUUUUUUUACAGAUUUUGUAACAUAUGCAACCAUGAUUGUAAAAUUUACAUUUAAAAAGUAUUUAUUCCUUCACUACUCUAAUAAAUAGUACAUUUUGAUUUGUAUAACUGCAAGCACUAAAAAUGUAAAAUGUUUGAGGUUUUUUCUUAGUGCCUGUAUAUCAAUUCAAUAUUAUUUGUCAUUUUGGUGCUCUUUAUAGCUUGCUAAUCUAUGUGAGCCAAUGAUUUUCCUCUUUGAAUUGUUUUACACUAUAGUCAUGUUGGUGCUUUGUAUAGCUUGAUAAUUUAUGUGAGCCAAGGUCAUGUGUUAAAGGCUGCACCUUGAUCUAUAAUUGAAUACUUUUGAUACAUUGGGACAUGGAUGUUGAGUUUUCUAAUUAUCCCUCAUACCACACCUCCUUUUUUAUAUUCAAAGCAUAAUAAUCUCAAGGUAUGAAGCAAUCAUUUUGUUAUGCCUGUGCUUAUGAUAGUAGGGUGUUUAUGUUUAUAAGUCUGUGUAAAUGUGUUCUCACAUGACAUUUGUUCUGCCAGAACUUAAUUCUUAGGAAAUAUGUUCCACUAGAAGUAAUAUUUAAUAUCACAGAAAGUUUAGCUCACCUAGCCCAAAAAAUGAAGAUUUUUGCUUUUAUCUCUGAAACCAAAGCAUUUAGAGCAAAUCUGACACAUGGUAAAGUUGUUCAUCAGUUGCAGAUCUAUCCGCCAUGAAAUUUUCAGACAAAUCAUACAAUCCCCUAAAUUGGUAUUUUAAGGAAAUUUUGAAGUUUUUGGUUAUAAUCUUAUUAUCUUAAUAUAGAAAGAGAUAAACUUUAAACAGCUGUUAUGUUCAGCAAAGUUAGAUCUACUAAUAAAUGAACAUGAACACAAUUGUCAACUGACCCCUUAGGAAGUCAUUGCCCUUUAAAA